AUGUCCGACUUUGAAGACAACAACCCGUUUUCUGGGACUGACCGUCGACUUUCAUCAUCUUCUGGCCUUACCUCUAACUUUGCAUCACUUUCUGUCAAUAACCCGAAUUCUAUUGGAAGUAGCACUAGAGACGCUCAUGAGUCUAGCAAUGGUGCACUCUCCAGCGCCAUUAUUGAUGAUGAUGACGCAGAUAUUUUAGGAAAUCCGGGAUUUACAGAUUCUGUUCCCGACAAAAAGGAUACCGCAGAAACGGAAGUCAUCGAUCCUAAUUCUCCUCGUGUUUACUCUUCUCGAGUUGAACUCAUUCUUUUUACUGAUCCAAACGCCACAAUUACCAUUGUCGAAGCUGGCAAAAGCCGUGAAGGAAGUAGCAGAGGGUUUAUUUCUUAUACAAUUAAGAUAAAUGAUCUCACUGUUCGCAGACGGUACUCUGAAUUUGAAAGUUUAAGAAACACGCUUGUUCAACUUUUCCCUACCCUCAUUAUCCCUCCAAUUCCUGAAAAGCACACAAUGUCUGACUAUGCAUCUUCUCCGACAAAAGCUAAGGAAGACACAACCAUAAUUGAGCAUCGGCGCCGAAUGUUGGCAGUCUUUUUAAAUCGAUGCAAGUCAAUGACUCAAAUCAAGGCCAGUUCCGUGUUCCAGCGGUUUUUAGAUCCUAAUUCAAGCUGGAGCGAAGUGCUUAACUCACCCCCUGUGUCUAAUCUCCCGAAAAACGUGCUUAAGGCUCCACCUUUGGACCCUUCCAAAGAGUCAAUUGCACAUACCUAUCUCCCGAUUCCCCCAAGUUCAGCUAAACUGCGCACUCAGGAAGACCCAGCCUUUAAAGAAGCGGAACAGAACGCAAAAGAAUACGAAAACGUAAUUGUCAAUGGAUUAGAAAAGGCCAACCAAAGGAUAAUGAAGCGUUACUCCGAUGAGGCCAAAGAUUUGUCAAGUCUGGGAGCACGGUUUAAUGCAUUUAGUCUUGAAGAAAAUGGUGCAUUGGCCACAUCGAUUGAGAUGGUUGGACAAGCAAUUGACAGCAGUUAUAUUGCAACCGGUACUUUAGUAGAGGCACUAUCAUCUUCUUUUAGUGAACCUCUGGGAGAGUCUGCACAAUUUGCAUCUGUGGUACGGUCUGUGCUAAAGUUUCGGCGCCAAAAGGCUCUGCAGCUUGAAAUGACAGCUGACAGUCUUGCUAACAAAAAAGUGUCACUAGCUUCUCUUGAGAAGGUUGAGCAAGAAGCUCAACGUAUUCAGGCCUACCUCUACAAAGACAGCUUUGGUGAGACCAAUGGAGCUGUUGAACAUUCACCUACAACUUCUCGCGUGUUGACCAAUGACGAUAAUGAAACUUUACGCAAUUCAAUUAGUACCGGAAGCAACAGCAGCGGCGGUGCAGCAAACAGUGGUAGUGCCGUUAGCGAUACUACUCCUAACUUACAGCCUACGGUUCCACCCGCACCUUCUAACGAAGAAAGUGCGGCAUUCCCACCAACACAUGCCGAUGCGGUUCCUGUUGCACGGCCAAUUUGGAAACAAAAAUCAGCCGGAGGGGGGUUUAAGAUACCUGGUAUCGGCAAGCUCAACAGUGCAAUCCAUGGCAUUAUAGAUAAUGAUCCGGAAACCACGCGACGCAACAAUAUUAGCAAGAUUAGGGAGCAGAUUGCACAACUUGAAGAAGCACUUGCUGCUGCUCAAACGGAUGUUGAAGAGGCUUCCGGGUCGGUUAAAGCAGACAUGGAACGGUUUCAACGAACUAAGGAGGAAGAUCUGCGGCAAAUGAUGCGCGCAUAUGUCCAGUGUCACCUGGAGUGGGCACAAAACAAUUUGGAAAGCUGGCAGCGAGCCAAGGUUGAGAUUGAAAAGAUUUAA